GAGUAGCACCCAGCAGCAGCACCCAUUUUGCUGUGCCCUUGCACAAUCAGGUAGCUGUUAGACUUCUCAGGUUGCAAUGCAGCAGUAACUCCCCCCUUACAGCCCAGAGACCUGGUGCCUCUCUCUCCCUCGCUGGUGACCUCCUUACAGGUGGGAGCUGGAUUCCUGUGCUGCUCUGUGCGCUGCUGGAACAAAUCAGAGUAUCACCUGCAUCGGAAAGGAUGGACACAAAAGUGAAGCUUUGUUUCCUGCUGGCAUUUUUCAGUCAGUGCGAGUCUGCAGCUGCCCAGGACACCAUUGAUUCAGAUUUGCCCCCAGCUCUGCUAAAAGGACUGAAGGAAAUAAUAUCUGGCAAUUAUUUAAAAGGUCUACUGGACAUUUUGCAAUUUCAAGGUUUCUACAGCAAUGUUUGGACACCAGAUCUAAUUCUGGGGAUAAUGAAAUAUCUGGCUGGCUACAAUGAUCUUUCAAUUGGUAGCCUACAGAGCUCAGUUAUAAACUAUCUUGAGAACAUAUCUGAAGACCCCAAGCUUCUGCUGAAUGAAUUAAGGCGUCUUGAUUCUCAGCAGUUUCAGCUCGUAAUGAAAUAUCUGCUUGGAGCCAAAAAGGAAACCUUUGACAUGGCUGAUGUUGUUAUGGAUUUUGAAACAAUCCGGGAGAGGAUAUUCCAGUGUCCAGGAGGCAACAGAACCUUAUUUCUCAUCACCCUUGAAAAAUGUCUUCCAGUCCUGAACUCAGUAGAAUGUGUGGAUCUUGUGAGCCAAGUCAUACGGCUGUAUGGGUCAAUUUAUCUACAAAAAGAUGUGAUAGAAAGCCUUCCAUCUGAAUUGCCGGAGGACCUGUUUAGAAACAUGUCUUCUGUAUUUAGGGAUCUGUAUGAUAAAAUAUCAGCCAGCACAAGGAGAGCUGUCUAUGAAUGGUUGACUCUUCAGAAAACUCAUAUGACAAAUGACAUCAAUGGCUCCGUGUCAUGGGUCACAGCAGAAAAUCUUUGGAUCCUUGGCAGAUAUAUGGUCCAUCUCCCAAUGGAAGAAAUUAGGAAAAUUAAUGUCAAUGAGAUUCGGAUGUUUAUCAGUUAUGAUAAUGCCACCAAGCAACUGGACACCGUGUAUGAUAUAACACCAGACCUUGCCAAAGCUUUGCUGGAGCUAAUAAACGCCUCUGGAUUUGAUAUGAGGAAUAUUUCUACUAUAUACAGGCUGGGACUACUUGUUUGUUUUUACGAUGAUGGUCAAGAUCUUGAUUCAACUGUGGCAAAAGCAUUACUGCACCAGAUGAUAAAGUGCAACCAACUGAGAGGUUUUCACUCAGACGUGCAAAAGUUGAAGUCCCAAUUUCUACAAAUAGCCACAUUAAAUCAGACACUCAACGAAAGCCUUGGCUCCCUUUCGGAUGCUGUGGUUGGAUUAACCCUUCCCCAGCUGGAGUCACUUUCUUCCGAAGCUGUGCAAGCGGCUAUCCUAACGCUUCAACAGGUCUCAGGGUGGACAAAAAGCCAAAUUAUGGUACUGGCUGGAAAAUAUCUUCAUUCAGAAAAGGUGUUAACGUUUUCUAAUAUCAGCCAGUUGGGGGAACUGGUUUCCGGAAUAGGCACACAGUCUUUCCAUGAAAUUAACUCCCGGGAGCUUCUAAUGGCACUGAAAGCCGGACUCACCCAGCAUGCACCAGGCCUAUCACCAGCACAGCAAGAAGGAAUCCUAAGUAAGGUGCUGUCCUCUGGGGAUUUUCAGACAGUUGUGUCAGACAUAAACGGAGUCUUCUUUAAAGAGGUGUCUCUCUCGCAUCUCUUAGCACAAGGAGAUAUGGAUGCUGCAGUUCUGAAGGAUAAAGAGAUGAGGAAAAGUCAGGCUCUGGUUGCUUAUGAAAAGCUUUCUCAUAAGAUGCCGCUGACAGAUCUACUAAGUACAGGGCAGCUGGUGAAAGGACUCACUUGUGAGCAGAUUGACAGCAUGAACAAGCCAAGUUUUCUGAACCAUUACAAGCUCUUAGAGAACAGUCUCUUGCUGCUUUCUCCUUAUCAGAUACACUGUGUGGCGUGGAAAUAUUGGAAGGUUUCUCAGGCAACUAUCCCAGCUUUCCUAUUGGCUGUCCUUCCGUCAGAAUACUUUGUAUCACAAUCCAUUCCUUGUGGGCCUCUUCUAAUUAGUCUUGGAAAGGCAGAUCUCAGCAGUUUGGUGCUAAAGCCAAGCAAAAAGGAAAUGAUAAUUAACAAAGUGGAUCAGUGCCUGAAUGGUUCUCUUACUGAUGUGUAUCAGCUGGACAUGAUCGGAAACCUCAUUUGUCACUUGUCCCCAAAGAUAAUCAGGAGCGGCAUAUCCACAGAUGUCAUUGCAGUGACAAUAAAUCACCUGAAAGCCUGUCGGAAUCUCAGUCACAAUCAAAGUACAGAAAUUAAAAACAGACUUUUAGAGCUUUAUGGACCUCCAUCCAACUGGACUUGUGAACUUGUGCAGGAUAUGGCGCCAUUUUGGAAUCUCCUUUCAAAGGACGAGUUCCUGGAUAUUCUCAAUAAGUUCCAGAAUACAGUAUUGCAGAUGGUAUCGGAGACACCAGGAAUUCCUCUCAGCGAGGGAAUUUUAUCAGUUGUAUUUGAUGCCGUUCGGUUACUCGGUGUAAAUGUCUCAGUAGCCAAUCGUACUGCAGAUUGCGCAGGAAUAAUGGGUCCCUCAGGUGAUGACAUUACGAGGCUAGUGGAAGCCAAUUCCUUUUGGUCCUGUGCAGAGUUGCAGUGCAUUGAUACAGACACCUUCACAAAAACAGUGCACAUUCUUGGGGCAAUAAGAAGCUUUAAUGAGUCUCAGCUCUCAGUAUUGAUGGAAAAGGCCAAAGAGGCCUGGGGGGACCUGCCAUCUUGGAAAGGCUAUCACAUCACUUCGCUUGGGCGCAUUGCUACAGCAUUCAGCGAGCAAGAUAUUCUCGAUCUUGACUUAAGUAACAUAGAUGCGGUGUCAGCUCUUGGCCAGCAAGAAGAAUGGUCUUCUGUACAGGCAAAGGCUAUACUGCAUGGAUUUCUCAAUGAUUCUACAAAGUCACCAAGUGACCUAAAAAGCUACCAUUUGGUGGGGCUAGCCAGGAGUUUGUGUGCAGCUGAUGCAGAGCAAAUAGACCAAAUCCAAACGUCAGAGUUCAGGGCUGUUAUUUCAAGGAUCGGCUCCCUGCCUUGUGAGCUGAGUGUUCUGCAGGCUUUUAAAAAUAAGGCAGAGGUGAUUUAUGGGAAAUCUGAUCGGUGGAGCCCUUUUAUUAUAAAUGAUAUCGGGCUCAUAGCAGCUGGUUUAAGCAAGGAGGAGUUCAUGGCUCUUGAUCCAGGACUAAUGCCCUAUAUCCAGCCUGAAGCAAUAAAAUACAUACCUGAAGACAUAUUUAAGGGGCUGUCACCAGCGCAGAUUGCUCAUCUUGGGCCUGAAAAUGGAGCCAUGGUGACAGAAUCUCAGCGAGCACAUCUUAAUGCCACACAGUUGCACAGCUUGAAUCUGGCUCUCGAUGGCAUCAGAGUAAAAAUCCCAGUGGUGGAAUCUCUACCCACUACAAGCACAACGAGAGACACCUUAUCGCCUGUCUCAGAGAGUACUAUACUAGAAGCUGGAUAUUGCAUCCUUCUAGCUCUUGCCUAUCACUUUUUUAUUUUAUGACUGUGUCAUAUUUGCCCUUUUGAUGCCUUAUCAAUAUAUUCUCAUUUGUUUUACUCUGUACGAAGACAAAUUACAGUCAUCAAUAAUAACUGGUAAAACCCAGUCUACUUUUGGUGUUCAUAAAAAGUAGACACAGUCAACAGAGCAAGUCUCACUGGAAUUCACCCACAGCACCUCCAUUAGCCUAAAGGCUGUCACGUAGUGACCACAUCACACAAAUGGGCUAUACACUUGCACGGACACCUUCCUACUGUUCUCAGGAGAGACAGCGCCUCUUUACUUCCUUUCGGCCCCAGUAGAGAUAUUUGGUCAGGGCCAAUAAUCCUUGAUAUACCAGGAUUUCAGGAUUAAUGGUUUGCCCUGCUCCACAGCUGCCCAAAACGUCUCAGCUGGUCAGGCACUGUAGCACUCACUAGCAACUGGAAUGCUCGGACAAGAUCCCUAAUUAAUCAAGCACAAAACUACAAUGGUUCAACAGUUGAUAUAAUUUAUAAAUUUAUAUAUAUAUUAAUCUACAGAUUUGCUAAUUUAUAAGUAGUGCCCGAGUAUUUAUAAAAUAAAUAUAUACAACGCUGAAACGUUAGGUGACAAAAACUGACAGCACUUUUUAAGCAUGUAUAAACUUAAAAAAUGGAUUUAUUAAAGAAAAAUAGUAAAAAAUGGUAAUUCACCCCUUAGUCUUCUUUUAUUUAAUUGACAGAGAGGUUACAAGAAAUUAAUUGUUAUGUUCACAGCUAUAAGUGCACUCUAUUAUCACUGCUAUUGCCUGGUGCAUUUGCUGCCACACCUUGCAUAUCCCUCCCUGGUGCCCCUGGUGUUUCAGAAAAAUAAAGAUCCAGUUGUUUGACCAGAUAAACCAUUUGCCCUGAUCACCCAUGUUGCAGGCCAGACUAGGCUCACCUGAACAUUUGGACCUUAUUUGGUCAGACUUUGUCAGAGUUGACAUUGUAUGGGGUCAACAAUUAUCACCUUGGAUAAGGAUGUGGAUUGGUUAGCCAUGGCCAAAUGGAUAUUUAAAAAGUUUUGUUUAAAUAUCGAUUAGGAAGGAUAGUUUUGUGAGCAUACAAUGUCUAAUAGGCUUUUGACUAGAUCAUUAAAGGAGAGAUGUCAAGUG